CCCGGAGGCUUGAUCUCGUAUUCGAGGUUUGAAGCUUAUGUUCAACGAUGGUGAAGUCUAGCCUCAUGCUAACCACAAAGUAGCUCUGCUUGCUCUCCACGAACUGACUAGCUGGCUGUCAAUGAAGGCGCCGCUGGGCUACGCCCGCCAAUGUUGGUUAUCUCAACCACGUGGUGACAGGAACUAUUUGGACGGAUCAUUCAACCAAUCUACUGGGAUCCCCAGAAGUGGAAUGGCCAGAACAGUCGGCAGGAUUUUGACUUUACAGUCGCAGCCGAGAUCCCGGUUGUUGAAAGCCUGCCCUGCAGUAGCGCAGAUCGCUCAUUGUUAAUCAACGAAUUCGCUUUUGCUAGCGUGAGGGGAACUUGAUGUCCCAGUAAGGCGGCGUUCCCGUCAAAGUCUAAGGAGAGGCGCCGUCUGUCCUGAGUUGACUACACGGUAGCAGUUCCACCUGAGUUACACAAGGCCGAGCGGGAACCCAGGCGGUCGGGUAAUAUUACACUAUCAGUACCACGCCAGAUCGAUAAGUCUAGAUCUGAUUGUUUACUCGGUAUGCUGUGCUGGCACGUCGAUACUCGAUGCGCAAUGUCGAGCCGGAGAAGCUCUUGUCGGAUUUACUCAAUCUUCUUGAGAGUCAAUGUCGCUUGUGAUGCUCAGGGCAUUGACAAAAAAGGUAAGCUUUCCGGUCUCCGGAUCGUAGACUUUGUGCCAAU